AUGAGACUUAAGAUUAUUGUUGUUGGUGAUCCGUCAAGUGGAAAGACUAGUUCUAUUCACCAAUUUUGUGAUGGGAUUUUUGAUAACAAUUAUCAGCCAACGAUUGGGGUAGAGUUUUCAUCUAAGUUUAUUUCUAUUGAUGGAAAAUCUGUUGAAUUAAGACUUUGGGAUAUUGCAGGACAAGAUCAUUAUGCAGGGAUGAGUAGAGUAUAUUAUAAUGGUGCAUUAGGUGCUAUUGUUAUGUGUGAUGUAACAAAUAAAAAUUCUAUUGAAGGUGCAAUGAAAUGGAAAGCUAAUAUUGAUGAUAGAGUAUUAUUUAAUAAUGAAAACAUACCUGUUUUACUUGUUGGAAAUAAAACAGAUUUAAUUCAAGAUGAAGCACAACUAAAAGCAAUACAGUAUCAAUUAGGAGAAAUUUCAGCAUCAAAUGGAUUUAGUGGUUAUAUACUAACUUCAGCAAGGACCAGUCAUAAUUUAGAAGAGUCAAUGAUUCGUAUUGCUAAGUUUAUCAUCACCAAAUAUGGUGCAUUACUUGAUAAUACUCAACCAGAGGAAGCAGCACCAAAUAUAGAUUUGAUGCAAUUUCCAGAGACGAAGAAAUUAGAUGGUUGUUGUCAUUAA